CUGAUUCUUCUGAUUAUACUGAUUAUGCUAUAGCUGAUGUUGUUCGAGCUAGUACUGCUGCACCUACUUAUUUUCCAGCCAAAAAAAUAUUAGAGAAUAAAAGGCCUAAUAAUUAUAUAGAUGGUGGUGUUUUUAUGAAUAAUCCAGUUUUCAAAGUUUAUCUUAAGGCAAAACAAGCUGAAGAUAAACCUGAUGAAAAUGUAGAAUAUGUAGUUUGUUCUCUAGGAACGGGAAUUUAUAAAGGGGAAACGUUCAAUUCACUGGCUGAAAAAGGAGAGCUUAAGUGGGCAGCACCACUCAUUUCACUUAUGAUGGAUGCAUCAAGUGAACUCGCUGAAAAUAAUUUUAGUGAAUUUGUAAACCCUACUAAUAAAGAAAAAAUCAUAAAAGAUGCUACUUAUUAUCGAAUUCAAGCUACGUUAAAGAAAGAAAUUCCUUUAGAUGCUGUAGAUGAUCAGUCGAUGGAAUAUCUCAAAGAAGCUGCUAAAGAAGCCAUUGCCAAAAAAAGAUUUGAUGAAUUA